AACGACUAAUCAAUCAUUCACAAACAUAAUUACUUGAUUUGAUCUUUUUCGUAGUUGAUUUUGAAGGUCAUUUCCGCCAAACCAGUCCAUCCGUGGGCCGUACGUUGACUAUAUCGGGUUUUGUCGAUCCGAUUUUUCUGAUGGAGAUUUGUAAAUUACCGGCUCGAUUUUCUGGUAUUCCUUUACAAUUCAGCGCUGUUGCAAGAACUCCUGGUCAUACAAGAGCCCGUCGGUCAACGAUUUUUCGGUGUUCAACUGUAACCGCCGCGUUUAGCAGUUCUCAAACGUACAAAUUAGAGCGGUCUCAAGGCAAAAUGUUUAUUCUCGGCAUGGGCUUUGUCGGACAAAUCUUCGCACAAGAGCUCAAGAAUGAAGGCUGGGUUGUGUCUGGGACUUGCACGACUGAUAUGAAGAAGGAGGAACUUCAAGAGAGGGGAUUUGAUGUUUACCUUUUCAAUGCGAAUGAACUUGAACUGAGGAUUUUAGAUUCUUUGAAACAUUAUUCUCAUCUUCUUGUGUCUAUUCCACCUGUUGUUGGUGUUGGUGAUCCGAUGCUUCAGCAUGCAGAACUUUUACGAAGUACAUUAGUGGAUGGACAUCUUCAGUGGCUUGGUUAUUUGUCAUCGACUGGUGUAUAUGGACAUUGUGGUGGUGUGUGGGUAGAUGAGGAUUAUCAGGCUAGUCCUACAACCGAGUUAGGUAAAUUUAGGUUAGCUGCUGAGGAAAGAUGGUUAAAUCUUGCACAUGAUAUUGGGCUCUCAUCACAAGUAUUUCGGCUUGGAGGUAUCUAUGGCCCUGGUAGAAGUGCUGUUGACACAAUAGUUAGGCAGGUACCUCUGUCAGAAAGUCAGAAAUUGAGAAGUUCCAGGAAAUACACAUCUAGAAUUCAUGUUGAUGAUAUCUGUCAAGUACUGAAGGCCAGCAUUCAUAAACCGUCUUCUGGGAAUAUAUACAAUGUUGUUGAUGAUUACCCUGCUCCACGAGAAGAGGUAUUUGCAUAUGCAUUGGACUUGGUUGAGGAAAAGUGGCCUGGCAGAUUCAAACAACGCACAUCUGUGGAGGAAGCAGAACCAUUUUGUACAAGGGGAAGUUCGAGGGGCGAGAAGCGAGUUUCUAAUGCACGUAUCAAGAAAGAAUUAAGUGUAAGGCUUUUGCAUCCAAGUUAUAAAUCAGGAUUGCGGAGCAUUAUUGACCAAAUGGAGAAGCCAUAUCAAAGCAGUCUCUUAUGUUCAUGAGUAAUAACAUCACCAAACAAUUAUCUCAAUCAUGCACGAUAAAAAGCCUCUUUCUAUCGGACAAAAAGAAAUUUGACAAUUGGGGAUGCUAUAGAUGUAUUGUAUUUUGUAAGUGGCUGUACAUAUAUCUAUGUAUUUAAUAUGAUAAGUGAAAUAUCGACUAGUUUGGCACCUUGAAAAAUAGAAAUUAGUUGAAAAACUAAAUCAAUUGGAUUGAAAUAAGACUCUUAAAUCGUUCAGAAUGUUUAUAGUUUUAUACUGA